CUACAUUCUUAGUACUCGAACUUAUUUGCGUCGAGAAGAUGUCAUGGAGAAAUGCGAAAGUGAAUUCCCUGAUUGGUUUCAUCACAAGGUGAGAGAACAAAAACCAAGUUCCGAUGUGUUGCGAGCAUUGUCUAUGAGGCCUUUCAAGCGUGUUCGAACUUGGAACCAGAUAUUUGUCGGUGGCUUUAAUUUCCACACACAGUCCUAUGGCAAACAUAAAUAUACGUUGAAUUACGGGGUGUGUGUCUCAAUUGAGGACGGUGGAGAGUACUUUGGCAUUUUAAAUGACAUAAUUGAACUUGUCUACACCGGUCCUGAAAAAGAGUACAAGACUAUUCUGUUUAGUUGUAGUUGGAUGGAUUGUGGUAAAGGAAUGAACAUUCAUGAACAAUACAAGCUUGUCGAAGUAAAUCAUACUAAGAAGUAUCCCAAGUAUGAUCCAUUUGUCUUAUCUUACCAAGUGUCUCAAGUGUAUUAUGCAUCUUACCCUAGCCUUAAACGUGAUCGGGUUCAAUGGUGGGUUGUAUUUAGAACUCAAGCAAGGUUGGUGAUUGAUGCUCCGGUGGAUUUAGAGUUUUUGCAGGGUCCUUCCCCACAAGUACAUGCAACGCUUUGUCCACCAAAUGACAUUCCAGACUAUGAACUUGAUAGUGAUGAUGAUGAUGACGAUGGCUUUAUAAUCUCAAGCGAUGAAGAAGAAGAAGAAAGCAUUGGCUCCAGUGACAGUGACGAAGAAGAGGACAUCGAUGUAUUUUUAGAUGACACUAGUGAUAGUAAUAAUGAUAGUGAUAAUGAUAGUGGUAGUAGUGAUAAGAGUAAUGAAGAGGAGAAUAUGUAGUUACUCCUUUUACUAUUGUCUUCGAAUGUUUAGUUUUUAAUGACUACUCGGAUUUGUAAUAUUGCAUUACAUUUUUGGUCUCAUUUUAUUAUUUUAAUGUCUUAUGGAUCUAAUUGAUGAAUUUACAAUGUGCGAUUAUGGUACUAAUAA